UGAAUCUACUGUCUUUAACCUAAUUUUUUUUUUCAAAAGCCUCCCGAAAUCUGAGAAAAAAACCCAACAAGGGAAGUUGGAGUUGGUCUCGCGAAGAUCAAAUUCGAACAGGCUUAGCGUUUGAUGGGUGCUCCAAAGCAGAAAUGGACUCAGGAAGAAGAGUCAGCUCUAAGGUCUGGCGUUAUCAAGCAUGGACCUGGUAAAUGGCGCACCAUUCUCAAAGACCCCGACUUUAGUGAAGUCUUGUUCCUGCGUUCCAAUGUUGAUCUUAAGGACAAAUGGAGGAACAUGAGUGUCAUUGCGAAUGGGUGGGGUUCGCGCGAGAAGUCUAGGUUAGCUGUUAAAAGGACGCACUCUCUUCCUAAACAGGAAGCUACCUCACUUGCCAACACUAGCCCAUUGCAGAGUGAUGAAGAAAUGGCAGAUGCCACUGGCACUUCUGCACCCAAUGUAAGGCUGGAUAGCCUUAUAAUGGAAGCAAUAUCUACCAUAAAAGAACCUGGUGGCUCUAACAAAACAUCAAUUGGUACCUACAUUGAGGAACAAUAUCACGCUCCUCCAGACUUCAAACGGUUGCUGUCGGCCAAGCUAAAGUACUUGACAGCUCGUCGGCAACUUAUCAAGGUUAAACGCAAGUAUAGGAUUCCAGACUCCACUGCUUUGUCUUCCCACAGAAGAAAACAUUUGGGGACAUCUUCUGGAAAACAGAGGAGUCUCUCUUUGCCUUCACCUAAAACAGACGGAGAUGAAGUAAGUGUUGAGACAAACGCACAGAUUGAUCUGGAGUUGGACAAAAUGAAGACUAUGAACGUACAAGAAGCGGCAGCGGUUGCAGCACAGGCAGUUGCAGAGGCAGAGGCUGCCAUGGCAGCGGCUGAAGAAGCUGCAAAGGAUGCAGAAUUAGCAGAAGCCGAAGCAGAAAUAGCUCAAGCUUUUGCAGAAGAAGCUUUAAAGACGCUGAAAGGAAGAUACAACAACUGCAAAGUGAUGAUCCGUGCCUAUGAUGAUGGAGAGAGAAGAUAAAUGUAUUGAGAGAGAAGUAGUGUCUUGUGUGUUUGAUGAUGGUUGUAGUUGUAAGCAGUCAUUGUAUGUGAUGUCUAUUACUUGUUGUUCCUUACAGUUUUAUAUAUCCUUUUUCUUUGUAUUUGUAAACUUUGAUAUUUUCAAUCAAGUUUUAGGACUUUCCAUGUA